CACUCUUUUUCUCAAAAAAAAAAACAACUCUCUCAACAAUAACAUCGAUCACUACCCUCACCAAUUAAUUAGCCAUUACCACCACCCCAAUUCAUGAACGAUAACAUGACCGCCAUGGCUGAUCAAUGCAUUCAUGAUCCAUCCAUAGAAAGACUCAUGGAUGCAACCAUGUCAUCAUCAUCAGAGGGCAUGAUGAUGUUGAGACCAACCAAUUCACACAACUACACAACAAGUGGCCACAAUUUAACUCCAAAGGGUUGUGCAUUCAAACCAAUCCGAAGGAGAUCUAGAACUUCUAAGAGCACUCCAAUUACCCUUCUCAAAGCCAACACCUCCAAUUUCAGGGCAUUGGUACAACAAUUCACUGGGUGUCCUACCACAACCACCAUGUCACUUGCAAUCCAUAAGGGUCCCAUUACCUUAAAUUUCCAACAAGAUGGUACCAAACAACAUAUUCAUCACGAUCAGCAUCACACAAAAAUAACAACUAGAGGAGCAAUGCCACCAUUUGCCACCAUAAGUUCUAACCAAAACCAUGCUUCUGUGCCAUUUCCUAAGCAACAAUUGAUGCAAGAGCAGCAAAGUGGAUACUUUCUUCCAACUUAUUCGGGUAACUCAUAUAGGCCAAUUAGCUGCAUGGAUGAUGGAUUGAUCUUUGAUAAUGAUUUUAGUUUGCAUGAACUAACCGUGAAUGCCAUCUCCAAUGAUAGCGAUGGUUUAUUUCUGUGAUCAAAAUGUCCAUAAAGGAUUCAAUUAUGUAAUACAUAGCAAUAUCUUAGGAAAUUAUAUGCAUGGUAAACUAGCUCCUCUUCAGUCAACAGCUGUAUACGCAUACUAUCAUAAGGCAACAAUUCAUGUUUGCCCCAGCCUGUAAUACGUUUAAUUUAUUGUACCGAUUCAAUUUCUUUAGUUUUUGUGGCUUUUUCAA